AUAUUCCAUAAUGUUUUCUACCAGAAAAAUCAUCAGUAAAUGCUGAUAUUAGAAACAGCCUCUGAAUAAAUAUGUUUUGUUGAAUUUGGGGACUUGGCACACAAACAUUAAUUUGGCAGCAGAUAUUCAGAACAGUUACAGUUACUUUCUAUUUUAUGCAUCAGCAAAUUGCUGUCCUUCAGCUGCUGAUAGAUACGCCUGCAGUGUACUGGGAUGUUUGACCCUGCCUUUAGAGAUUAGACACUUUCUUCGGAGGCAGCAAGGAUAUGAACUUGAUUGACAUUCUUUGGAGGCAAGAUAUAGACCUUGGGGCAAGGCGUGAAGUUUUUGAUUUUAGUCAACGGCAGAAGGAGUAUGAACUUGAGAAACAGAAGAAACUUGAAAAGGAAAGACAAGAGCAGCUCCAAAAAGAGCAGGAGAAAGCCUUGCUUGCUCAGCUGCAGUUAGACGAAGAGACAGGUGAAUUUGUUCCAAUUCAGCCAGAUCAGCGUGUCGAGUCCGAAAAUACUGAGCCACCAGACAGUUUUUCGCAGAGCACACAUACUUCGAAACCAGAAACAGAAGCCCUGUCCUUUGAUGACUGCAUGCAGCUCUUGGCAGAAGCCUUCCCAUUCAUAGAUGACAAUGAGGUUUCUUUUACUACAUUUCAGUCACUGGUUCCUGCCCAGAUGGAUAGUAGUCCAGUCUUCAUGUCUUCUAAUCAAACUCAGCCUGAAGUUGAAUCACCUGAAUCACCUGCCUUAGUUUCACUUACUGACGCAGAGAAUAUGCAGGACAUAGAGCAAGUUUGGGAAGAAUUAUUGUCCCUUCCUGAGUUGCAGUGUCUUAACAUUGAGAACGAUAACCUGGGUGAGGUAAGCACGAUCACAAGCCCAGAACCAAAGUCAACAGAGAUGCACAACAGCUAUAAUUACUACAACUCAUUAUCUACGAUGAAGAAAGAUGUUACCUGUGGUCCAGAUUUCCUGCAUAGUAUUGAAGGUCCUUUUUCCAACAUUUUACCACCGGAAGACACCAGCCAGUUGAGUGGAAACUCUUUAAAUCACACCUCUAAUUCGAGCUCUAAUUUCUGUGAGGAUUUCUAUGCCACCUUUAUUCAUACAAAGGAGAACAGUAACACUGCCACAACAAACACUAUCAGUCAGUCACUUGUGGAUAUUCUAAGUGAACCUAUAGAUCUUUCCAGCUUCUCUCUAUGUAAAGCCUUUAAUGGUGACCACUCAGGAACUGCACCAGAAUGUAACGAUUCUGACUCUGGUAUCUCACUGAACGCCAAUUCCAGUAUCGCGUCGCCCGAGCCCUCUGUUGAAUCCUCUGUGCUCGGAGAUAAGGCUCUGGGGUGCAGCGACUCGGAGCUGGAGGAGGCGGACGGCGCUGCGGGGAGCGCGGCGCCGAGCAGCGCCCGCGCGUGCGCCCGGCCCUUCCCCGAGCGCGCGCUCUGCGCUCUGGGGCCCGGCCCGCAGCGCCCCGCGCUGCCCUACGCCAACGCGCCCAAGAAGGAGCCGCCCGCCAGCCCGGGCCACCCCAAAGCUCCCUUUGCAAAGGACAAACCCGCCAGCCGCCCUGGAGCUCCUCUCACCAGAGAUGAGCAACGAGCAAAAGCUCUGCAGAUCCCCUUUCCUGUAGAAAAAAUCAUCAAUCUCCCUGUUGACGACUUCAAUGAAAUGAUGUCUAAGGAGCAGUUCAGCGAGGCCCAGCUGGCGCUUAUCCGAGAUAUACGCAGGAGGGGCAAGAAUAAAGUGGCUGCUCAGAACUGCCGUAAAAGAAAACUGGAAAAUAGAGUGGAACUGGAGCAAGAUUUGAGUAACCUAAAAGACGAGAAAGAGAAAUUGCUUAAAGAAAAAGGAGAGAAUGACAAAAGUCUUCGUCAAAUGAAAAAGCAACUUACCACCUUAUACCUUGAGGUCUUCAGCAUGCUGCGUGAUGAGGAUGGAAAGUCUUAUUCUCCUAGUGAAUAUUCACUGCAGCAAACUAGGGAUGGUAACGUCUUUCUUGUUCCUAAAAGCAAGAAGUCGGAGACUAAAUUCUGAAGAGCAGCACAGCUGGCUACUGUUCUUCAGUUGUUAUUUUUGUAUUGUUAUCCGGAUAGAUUUUACUGUGAGAUGGAAUGCAGAAUUGGGUAAUAUUUUUUAAAUGAUUCUAUGCAAAAGUAAUUCUAAAGUUAAUAACUGGUUUAUGGAAGAUGCAGGUUUAAAACUAAUAGUGUAAUGCAGAUGUACGUAUGCAAAAUUUGUAAUCUCACUUUUAUAACAGACAUUUCUUUCUUAUAGUACCACUUUGACUAGUUUCCGUAUACAUGUAAAUAUUUAAAGACACCAUAUUUAUAUACUGCUCCUAUCUCUUGUUAUAUUCAUAGAUUUGAUAUAUAAAGAAAUGAUUUUAGCAUUCUAAAUAUAAUUUCUUGCAAUACAACCCCUAUGGCUUCUGAUAC